CUGUCCCAUAUCGCCGGCUGUACUAAGAACUCAUUUCACAUAAGCCGUCACCUCAUGCCACAUCUCAAUUACACCACAACUUAUAUCUCUUAUAAUAUUUACCAUCUCUCAUUACGCAAUGUCUUCAACUCCUGAUCCAGAAAAGGCCAAAGGCUCACCAACUUCCCCCGCUCUGUCUAUCCACUCCUCCAACGACACCAUCACCACCGCACAUUCAGAAGAGCACGACUACAACAACGAAAAGAAGACUGCGCGGGAUCAUAUCACUGAAAAUGAGCCGGAACUUCACCAUGACUCUCUCGUACCAACAGUUAGCCUUGCAACAGCAGCGCAACCCCCAGCAACUGAACAGGAAGCUGCCCGAUCACGAUCCCGUGCUUCAACCACCCGGUCAAAGACUCUCAACAUCAUCCCUCGCUCUCAGCGACGGGGACUAUUAAGUCGCUUCGCGGUUGUCCCUGAAGUUGAGAGUCCAUAUGAUUAUAAAAACUCGACUAAAUGGGGCAUCACUUUGACUAUCGCUCUUGCCACCGCCGCAGCUCCCCUGGGCUCUUCCAUCUUUUACCCUGCUCUUCCUGAAAUGACUAGAAAGCUCAACACCACCGAAGACAUUGCCAACCUCUCUGUCGCCCUCUACAUGAUCUCCAUGUCCAUCUUCCCUCUCUGGUGGUCCUCCUUCUCUGAGCAAUUCGGCCGCCGCUCCAUCUACAUCAUCUCCUUCGCCCUCUUCCUCAUCUUCGCCAUUGUCUCCGCCGUAUCCACCAGCAUCGCUAUGCUAAUCGUCUUCCGUAUCUUUACCGGCGGUGCUUCCGCCUCCGUGCAGGCCGUCGGCGCAGGCACCAUUGCCGAUAUCUGGGAGUCGCAUGAGCGAGGUCGCGCCAUGGGCAUCUUUUACCUGGGACCGCUACUCGCGCCUCUGAUUGCGCCGAUUGUGGGAGGAGCUUUGGCCCAAGGGUUUGGCUGGAAGGCCACGAUGUGGUUUCUCGCCAUCUACGGACUGGUCAUCUUAGCUAUGCUAAUCUUUCUCCUGCCCGAGACGUUGGCACGCAAGAAACAGGAAGAGGCCAUCGCCGACGCUGAACCAACCGCUGGAUCCAUCCGCCGCAUGACGACCAGAGAAUCUGCCAAGGUCCACACCAAGAAACUUGCCGCAAGCGCCAAGCGCAUCUUCAUCGACCCCCUCAGCGUGCUGCUCUUCCUCCGCUUCCCCCCCGUCUUCAUCACCGUCUUCACCGCCGCCAUCGCCUUUGGGGCGCUCUUCAUCUCCAACAUUUCCAUCCAGCAAAAGUUUUCUCAGCCUCCUUACAACUACAGCCAGAUCAUCGUCGGUCUGCUCUACCUCCCCGCCGGUCUGGGCUAUUUUGUAGCUUCCAUCUUCGGCGGCAGAUGGAUCGACAGAAUCAUGACCAAGCAGGCCAUCAAGGCAAAUCGCUAUGAUGAAAAUGGAAAACUCAUUUACUUGCCAGAGGACCGCUUCCGAGAGAACAUGUGGCUGGCCAACACCGUGUAUCCUCUCGGGUUGCUGAUGUACGGAUGGACACUCAAUUAUGGAGUCAUCUUCAUCGUCCCUGCUAUCGGAAGCUUCUUUUUUGGAGCUGCGUCUAUGCUUGUUUUUUCUGCUGCCACCACGAUGCUCACCGAAUUCGUCCGCAAGAAGAGUUCCGCCGGCGUUGCCGUCAACAAUUUUGUCCGCAACAUCCUUAGCUGCGUCGGCGUCAUCGUCGCAGCUCCAUGGAUUAAUGCCAUUGGCGUGGGUUGGGUGUUUACUGCUGUGUCUUUGUUUUGUAUGGUUGCUGGUUAUAUUGGUAUUUGGACACUGAGAAGGAAUGCCGCUCGGUGGAGGAAAGACAUGGACGAGGCGAUGAAGGAUAUGUAGUGAUUUGAUGAUACCCUAACAUGUUGCUGUGGUUUCUUUAAUAGAUGUUUAUAUAUUUCUUCCUCUUCAUAUAGGUCAU